UCAGAGAGAAUUUGCAGUUUCGGCUCUUGGGAAGAGGAGCAGGGAUGUUCCCGUUUCUCCGCCGUCUCGCGUGCGGGAUUCACUGCUCUGUUCCUUCUUGCGUUUCUUGAUUCUGGGUUCGGAUCGAAACCGGAUGAUUCUUUGCUUUCGUCCUCAAAGCUCGGAUUUUGGCUCUUGCCAUGUUUUGUUUUGCUUCUUCUGCCUUUUCUUGUAUGGCUAGAAUCUGUCUGCGGUGCGAAUAAAUUCUUGGUGGUUUCUCGGGUCUGGUGCAACCCCCCUGUGGACUGCGACUGAUUGGGGAAAAUCUCACAUUCGUAAUUGUGAUAAUUAAGGGGUUGAUUUGGAAGGAAAAGAGAGAGAGAGAGAGAGAGAGAGAGAGAGAGAGAGAGCCACAGGUCUUUUGGACGAUCUCCUCUGUACGUUCCGGAACUUUUGCAUGAAUCAAGAUUACUUCUUCACGAGUGUUUUGAGAGCAAUCCCUUCGUCUUCUUUUUUCCACUUUUUUUAAAGCUUUUUGUGUACGAAUGCCUACUGAACGAACCCUUUUACUGUCUCUCUCUACCUCUCUCUCUCUCUCUCUCUCCUUAUCUGUUCUCUCUACCUCUCUCUGAUUAAUUUGACGGAGAAUCAGAUUCUCAGAACACGAGGAACGGGUUGCGCUUCUUUUUGGCCUCGUCUUUACCAAUUUCCCCUCCUCUUUUUAACAUUUCUCUCCAGUUAAUACGCGCUGCUUCUUGCUCCAGUACUUAUCUCUACCUCUAUCUCUACCUCUCCCUCCGUCUCUGCCUCUCUAUCUCUCUCCCUCUCUGCCAAAGCCAGCACUUGUGCUCUGUAUUCACAUUUCUCUGCCUUUCCUGCUUUUCAUGUAACUCUUUAUGGAAAAACUCCAGUCCAACUGAUCUGCAAACUCCUGCUUUUCAGAGCCGCAUAGUUGUUAGCACCACGGAAGAGGAGGAGGAGAAGCGAGGCGGGUAGAUCUGGUUCCGGCUUGGAGUUCGUUUCUCGGACGCGACGACAACUUCCUGUGAGCCAACGAAGCCGCUUUCGCUAAAAUCAGGGGGAAAAGGUUGAGAAAAGAAAAAGAAAAAGAAGGGCAGGAAACAAAAUUUAAUGAGAGCGCUGUCGUUGUUGUCUCACUCGCGUCGACUCGGAAAUGGACAAGACUCGCGACGCGAUGCGUAAGGCCAGUCGGUCCUCCCCUGCGAAGCGACACUUCGAUGACCAACCUCUCAGAACUCACCGCAGCACCAGCGCCAAAGACAACAACAUCUUCUCUGCUUUGGAGAGGUCGAAGAGGGAGAAGCUCAAGAAGCUGAGCUCUGUUUGCGAGAAGAGUGGGCGCUUCGUGGACGGCGAGAUGAAGAAGGGCCCUCAUGCGUCCCCCAGGGAAGGAGAUGGGGUCGAAUUUGCUGGCGCCGCGAAGAAAUUGAAGCUUCCCAAAAAGUUGUUGGGCGACUGCAAUGCCGUCGACAAGGCCUCUGUUCCACGGAAGCUCCGGUCAGCCAUGAAGAAACGCAAUUGUGAAUCUCUCUCUCCAACUUUGCCCGAUUCGAAGAAGACGAGCCAUUCAGUGCGUGGAGGCGAAUCACACAAAAAGAAUGGCGUAAAGAAGUUCAAAAAGGAAAGAAAUCCAGGCUGGUCCCCAAGAGCUGCUAUUUCUGGGUCCAUCACAAAAGAUGAGGAGGAAGUGGCCGAGGCCUUGUAUGCAUUGGCUGGUAUAUCUCCCAACAAUGCCACUAAUGAUAACACAUUGGGCAGUGAUUCUUUGAAAGAUGGUCAUUGUGGAGCUGUCCCUGAAGUUACAGAAAAUUCAACACUUUCAAAAGUUGCACAAGGAGAGUUGGACUCGGAUGUCCUGGCUGCUAGAGAUAACGACGAGAAAUCAUCUAAAGAAACCACAAAGACCAUUUCUUUGAGUGAACCUAAUUUGACUGAACAACCCGUUUUGCCCGGCAGUGCGGACCACCUUGAUGGUUCCAAUAGUAAUACUGAAGCUAAACUGCAAGAAACACCUCCAUGGUCUAAGAGCGAACAAAGCUGUGAGAAAUUGCACAGUGCUUGUGGUUUAAGCUUCACAACUGAGUUUGGCCUUGCCUAUCGGUUUAAGCAGCCUGAUGAGAUGGCUCCCUCAGUCUCUCUGGGAAAGCAAGAAAAUAAUUACCCCAUGGCAGCAAUUACUGGAAACCAAUUGGAGCACCGGGACAUGUUUAAGAACUCCAAGAAUGAUUGUACCACCUGGUCGCUGUGCACGUCAUCUACAAAUUCUAAUGAGGCCAACAUUCUCUUGCGGUCUCGUCCAGUCAAGAUUCCUCCCUGGUUGGAUGCUGCUGCCUGUUUUACGAAGCCAGGCUCAGUGAAUACAUGCUUGUCAACCCAAAAGGUUUUCCCCACCCCAGCUGAUAAAAGGCCUUGGAAGAGGUGUGCAGCUCAUGUGCAGAUAUGUCACCUCAUUCGGUUAUUACAAACGGAAAAGAGUAAAGACAGCCUGCUACAGCCUAAGAAAAUAAAACAAGACGAAGACAGGAAGCAGGAACAAUUUGCCCAAACCAGCCUAAACGGGUUUAAUGGAGGCUUUUCCGCUUCUGGCAUAGAGUCGUACACUCAAAGGAGAAUUGAUGAGGUUAGAAGUGUUGCCCUUCUGCCAACGAACCACAUUCAAGAUAGGCAGGUCGCAUGUCCACCUUCAAUAGUCCCCAAAUCAGAGAAGCUGACUUUCGAUUUCCUCUCUCUCUCUGCUGGAGGUGGUGGGGUAAAUUCCAGGAAUACCAGUGGUAGUGCCGGACGAGUAGACAAGUCAGAAGCUCGCUCCCAACUCAGUUUUCCUUUUGUCGAUUCUCUUACUCAACGACAUAUCUCCACUGGUCAAAAUCAUUAUUUGUCUACUUACUGCGACCAGCUCUCAGCAGUAGCAUUGCAGCAGGGCCAGAUGCAGCUACCUGGCUUCCUCGGCAGUUCUGGAUCUCCGUCUGUGCUUAACGGGCUAAUGUUUUCAGCAAAGGAACAACAUCAACAGCUGCUUUGGGCAGCCCAAGUAUCAGCUCAGUGCAAGCCAGUGGCUGUGGCCAAUUCCAAGACCAUGGCUCAGUAUCCUGGUUGGCAAGGUGGAAUACGAGGGUGUCCUACCCUGAUCCCACGUUCUCAAGCAGUCCUUCCUCCUUCACCUUCCGCGCUUGAAGUACUUGGCCCUAAAUACGCUCCCAUGCCAAAUCAUCUUCAUCACCAGCUUCCUUCCCUUAAUUCAUCAGUACCUCCUCACGGCAUAAAAAGGCAAGACCACCAUCCCCACUCUGUAUACCAAGAAACCACGGCCCGGUUUUACACCGGUGGCUCAUUGCCAUUGCAGCUACUAUGCAACGAGCGCCUUUGAAGUGGGGUAUGCGACUUUGAGUUGAGCUGCUGGAUGCUCUUCAACUUUGAGAUAAGCAAAAUCAAAAUUGAGCUCCCAUGGACAAUGUGUGUUGGACUCUGAUCAGUGGCCCAUUAUCGACCAGUUGAAGUAGUGGUGAAGAAUGAGGACGGGCUUGUAUGCAAGUGGGGCAUAAUCAAUGUCACCAUAACUUGACUCUUAUAAGAAGCGCAGAAGUGCAGAUCGAUUGGAGAAAAGUUGAGGCUUCAUCAGUGAGAUUAAUAAAAUUAGACGACAUAAGAGGUGGCUCAACCUCUGAAAAGAUCCCUCUCUCGGUGUUUUGAGUUCUUAUCUCGUUCGGCUGCGGGAGAAGCUACAGUUUCGCUCUUAUACUUCAACGGCUUCUGCAAACUUUAGUUAAUCUUAUCUACCUAUAGAACCAUUUUGUCCCUGCUGUUCCGCAUAUGAUGUACAGGUCAGGCACUCUGGCUCAUGUUAAUACUUUGUCAGAGGUGCUAAAGCUGCUGAAGGAAGACUCGGAGGAAGAGGAACGAUUCUUCAAAUGCUGAAUUGCUUGUAUGGAGUCUUAAGUAGAGAGCUUGAAUUUUCAAUAGUCAAAACGGUAGGACAUUUCUUUUUGCAAAACCUUAGAUAUAUUUCACUUGUAGAUAUUUCGAUGACGAUCGGAUUUUCAUAUAUUUCACAUGUGUAUGUUUUGAUGACGAUCAGCUUUCAGUCAGGGGCUAAAAGGCUACGUUCCUCAUGGUAAUGAAUUAUAUGAUGAGAAAAUAUGUCGUGUGGUAGGUUUAAGAUUCUUAUGAAGUGAUGUUGUUUCUUCUUA